GCUGCUGCAGGACUUUGGUUUACUCUCUCUGUGGACGACCACACGACUGUAGCUAAUGAAGCUCAUCGGCUAAGUCCUUCGAUGAUGGAGAGAGAUGAAUUUCUCCGCUUGUACGCGCACACGCUCGCGCUGAUGACACCUUAUAUACGGUUCCGAACUCCCAUGCGCGUCUCGGGUUCUACGAAAAGGCGCUCUCUUCGAAGACAUACGCAACCGUGCAGCUGUGUGCUUAUCUUAUAUACAACACCGUACUUUAACUCCCGAGUGUGCGUCCCGGGUGAGCGAAAAGACGCUAUCUUUGAAGAGCGCACACUCCGGGAUGGAGUCACGAUGCUGUGCGCGAUGGCACAUGUAUCAGCCUAGGAUCCAGAGCUGUGCAGAAAGCCAUGUGGAGAUGCGUUUGGGGGGGA